CCAAUAGUUUAUUGUUGAAAAAAACAGAAAAGAAAAGAAAAACCCUAGUUCUGAAGUUACGUACCCUUAUCCCCACUCUAAUUCUCUCUCACUCUCACAAGCGCCACACCACCCUAGCUCUGAAGCUACCCACCCCAGCCCCAUAUCUCUCUCUCUCUCGGUUCACCGUCACCACCGCACGCUCGCCGCCGGCUGCUCGCGUCUCACCGCGCCUCCCUCCGCCAGUGAGUGCUCGAGCUGUGCGUGUUUGUUGCUGUUCGUCGUCCAUGGUUGUUGCUGCCUGCACUGCAGCGCCCGUGGUUGUCUCUGCUCGAUUCUGCCUCUCAGUCUCACUGGAGUCUCGUCUCAGUCACAUUGCUGGCAUCUCGUCGUUCGUCUGUCUCGUCGUCGGCGUCUCAACAUCUCGCGGCCUUCCCUGGGCUCCUCUUCGCCGGCGGCAGAAGCAACUCGUCGGGUUGUAGCUUGCUUCGUCGCCUUCCUUGGGGUCGUCGUACUCUGUUUUCGGAUCCUCGCCAUCGCCGAUGCGCCGUGGACCGUGGAACGUUGUUCCAACUCCACAAUACUGUCACAAGGUUCUUCUUCUCCAACUGUGGCCGCAAAAGCCUUCGUGUUAAAAUCUCCAUUCUCAGCAAUCACUUCUACAACAUACAUGCUCUCACUUAUACGCUUCAACUUCACAACUCCGUCGAUAAACCCUUGUGCCCGCAUGGUUGGAGAGUUCUUCUAUCAUUUCACCUGAUUCUACUCCGAUACCUCGAUGUGAACCCUUCAAGUUCAGAAAGCUUUUGAGGUUCUUGAAAAAAUGAAGAUCUCUGGAGUAGUGCCUGAUGCUUAUAGCUACAGCAUUUUAAUUGAUGCACUCUGCAAGGAAGGCGAUGUAGAGAAAAGUCUCGACUUGAUGGAGGAAAUGGAACGCUACCAAGUAAAACCAUCUGUUGUUAUCUACACUUCCCUCAUUCAUGGUCUUUGCAAGCGUGGGCUGAUGGAAUGUGCAAUAGAUGUUUUCAAUCGAAUUGGUGCUUCUGGUUGUGAAUAUGAUCAAACUGUGUAUGAAACUUUAAUAGAUGGAUUUUGUAUGGAUGGUGAUAAGAAUUCCGCCAACAAGCUUUUGCAGGAGAUGAUUAUAAAUAAUUUGGUUCAUACUACUUUUGGUUUCCGCUUUCUAAUUAGAGGAUUCUACAAACUGGGACACUAUGAUAAGGCAUUUGAAGUUUUUAAUAUCAUGCUUCGAGAUGGUAUCUCGCCAGAUACCAUCGCUUGCAAUUAUGUUCUUAAUGGAUAUUGUAGGGAUGGACGCUUGGAAGAAGCAUUAAAACUGUUGGAGGAAUUAUCAGAUCAUGGUAUUACCCUGAACUCACAUUCAUAUAAUGCAAUAAUGUACAGGCUUUGCAAAGAAAGUUAUCCAGAAAGGGCAUUGGAGCUCUUGCCAAGAAUGCUCAAAAGGAAUACAGUUCCCGGAGUUGUUAAUUAUAGUACUCUUAUAUCAGGCUUUUUCAAACAGUUGAAUUUUAGAAAGUCUGUGAUGUUAUUCACAAGAAUGGUAAAGGUAGGGAUCGCUUUCAACAACAUCACAUACACGAUUCUUAUUAACAUAUUUUGCCGUAGUGGUAAAAUGCAUGGAGCUUAUGCCAUUUUUAAUGAAAUGAAAGAAAGAGGUUUGUGUCUGGAUGUGAUUACAUAUACAUCUUUAAUAGCUGGCUUUUCUGAUGCUGGAGAACUGAAAAAGGCCUGGGCAAUAUUUGAGGAAAUGUCGAGGGAGGGCUGUUGGCCAAAUGUAAUUACAUAUACUUGUUUGAUUGAUGGAUGUUGCAAGUCAAACCGAAUAGAUUUGGCCUCCUGGCUGUUUGAUAAAAUGAACAAAGAUGCAGUUAAACCCGAUGUUGUAACAUAUACUGUGCUGAUUGCUUGGUAUCGUAUGCAUGGAUUGACAGAUCAGGCACAUAACCUAUAUCGCGAAAUGAUGACAAAGGGUAUUUUUCCGGAUGAUAAAUUCAUCAGGAUCUGUCGAUUUGAUCUGAAUACUGGCACAACACAAGAAAGUUAGGAGGCUGUACAAAAGAUUUCUAUGAUAUCCAGCCGACUAAGAAGGCUGAAUAUCUAGUGUCCAGUGCCAUGAUCCAAGGUAGACAUGUGGCCGUUCAAGAGAAUCACAUUUCGUAAGUCAAACGGGAUCUCAUUGGCAUUGCCGUCAGGAGGAUGAAUUCACUUGAGGAAAAGGCUAUACCUUUCACGCAAAUGCAGCUGAAUGGAUGUUGUAAUCACACCAAAGAUGGGGGAAUGAUUUGGAUCCUCUAAAGUUUGAAUUUUACUUUAGAGAGUAAAGUGUGAUCUCUCACCAUUGAUUUCAUAGGUGGGGCUAAAAAUAAAUAUGAAAGAAAAAUUAUUCAAAUGUAGAAGAUCACACUUUACUCUCUAAAGUGAAAUUCAAACUUUAGAGGAUUCAAAUCCUAACAGGAAAAGACAUAGCCGAAGGUUUGAUCAUCUAAGGACAAGGCAAGAUGGUCAAAUCAGAGAAGCAAGCAGAAUGGUGCUACCAAGUGGACUCAUUGGAUAUGGAGAAACUUGGAUAAAGCUCACAAUGGGGUUUUAGUUUUGACAUAAUAUCAGAUUCAGAACCCUUAUCAAAAGUGGGGAAUGAUCCACAAGUGCCUGUUGCUGUUAGCAGAGAAGGCCCAAAUUGUAACUGUAGCAUGGUAACCGUUAUUAGGUCAGCAUCUACCAUCGCAGCUUCCCUAAGAGGAUGGCUAAAAAAAUAUUUACAAAAAUAUUAUUUAUACAUUAAAAAUUAGUUAUUAUGUAUUUAUGUAUAAAUAUAUGUAUUAUUUAAUUAAUUUUUAAUGUAUAUUUUGUAUUUCAAUAUGUA